UCAUAUCAAUUAGCCAAUCAGAGUCCACGCUGGGCGGGGCUUCCUGGUUGCCGUGGCAACGGGGCCCUGAAACCCGGGUAGGCCUUAUUUGGGGGCCUGGAUGGAUUCUUUGGAGACGCCGCCGUCGCUGAACGUUCCUUGAGGCGCAGCUCCAUGGCAGAGGUCCAUGUGAUCGGUCAGAUCGUGGGAGCCAGCGGAUUCCCCAGCAGCAGCCUCUUUUGCAGAUGGGGGAUCCACACAGGUGGGGCCUGGAAACUCCUGUCGGGACUCCGGGAAGGACAAACCCAAGUUGACCAUCCUCAGUUGGAUGACGUGGCUUACUGGUCCCAUCCUAUCGACGUCCACUUUGCCACCAAAGGCUUGCAAGGUUGGCCCAAACUCCACGUCCAGGUGUGGCACCAAGACUCCUUUGGGCGCACUGAGCUAUAUGGGUAUGGCUUCUGCCAUGUGCCUUCAAGCCCUGGCUUCCACCAGUUGGAGUGCGUGACCUGGCGCCCGCUGGGCUCCUGGCAGGAGCAGCUGUCCCAACUCUUUGUGGGUGGAGGACCUCAGUUGCUUAACAGUGACCUCAUCUACACGGGUGCUGACCGCUAUCGCCUGCAGACCUGCGCCAUGGGCACCGUCCACCUCCAACUGGCUGUUCUCCUGCGUAACUUUGAUCGCUACGGUGUUGAGUGCUGACCCAGUAGGCUUGUAUUCUUGCAAGGCAGAGUGGGAGAGAAGCAGCAGCAUGUCACUCUUCUUUUAAGACGACAAAUCUCAUAAUUUGGGAAGAAAGACUUCUGAAAUCAUGGAGACAGUGUCCUUAAGGGAGAACACUUGUUCCAGUCUGAUUCACUUGGCAAUUACAUCCUCCUUCAUUUCCUGGAGAGGAAACAAGCUCUGUCCCAUCAGCAGCCAAGAUAUGGAACAUAUGGACCAAAAUUCCUGAUUUUGUUCCAUGGUGCUGGGAUAUAAGAAUGGCCUGCUGGUUGGUGCAGAGUCAGAAGGAUAGAGGGGACCAUUCUCCCGCAGGCUCUACUCAAUUGUGUUUGUGACUGCAUGAGCAGCAUAUGUCUUGAGUACCUUUGAGAUGGAGCCCCACUGUGCCUUUUGGAUUGGGAAGGAUCUUUUCUAGGUUGGUGUGUAGUUUGAUCAAACGGAGUUUGGCCAGAGAAGGCUGCUGUUCCCAGUGUUUGUGCCCUGGGGUCAUUCUCUCAGUUUUAUUUCUAUAAGCAAUAUUCCCCCUGUUUAUAUUAAAUGGAUUUUCUGCAAAGGUUUUUGUACCAUGCUUCUGGGGAUGAAAACAUCUUGUUGGGUGAGUGGGGUGUCUUAGGCCACAUUUUUGCAAGAAGCAAACUGAGGUAAUAGAAUAAGCUGUGGUACUUCAUGGUUGUAGCAUUGAGGAACUGCAUCACCAUUUGUUCAACCAACUCAUUUUGUUUCCUCUGAAGGGUCCAUCUUGCGCUGCCUAUCGACAGCAUCUGAGAGCUGCCCAGUUUGGGAGCCACUUUUUUGACUUCCCACAAUGCCAUCAGGCCACACUUUACCAAGGAUAUUAUGUGGAAUUAGAGAGUGACCCAAGACCACCAACACAGUGGCUGUCAUCAUGUUAUUGGCAUAUGCAGGCAUAAGUUAACCGUAUACCUAUAUGUAUCUAUAUUUGGUUGCUAAGGAGGUUGAUAGUCUCUUCCUCUCUCUGCAGUGACAAAAGUCUCCCCAAUGCCUUUUGAAAAGUACAGAGGAGCCAUUGAACUGCCUGCUUUCUGCCUGGAGAAGAGCAGGAGGAAUGCUGAAGCAUCUGGCUGUGUCCCUAUCGCUGGAUGGGAAAUGACUGCAUCAGUCUGAGAUUUCUGGAAGACUCUGGUGGACCCCAAUGGAUGAUGUACCUAUUUCACAUCUGGCUACAAAGAUAUAGCCAGAUGCUUCUCCAGUCCUCCUCCCACCUUCCACCAGGCACUGUGUGCGACCCUUCAGAUUUUUCUUGGAUUGCUGUCUCCAGCAGCCCUUGUUUGUGCAACCCAUGACGAGGAAUUCUGGGAGUUGCAGUCCAAUACCAUUCAUGCCCCAGAAAUAGCCCGACUGACCUCCCUUGACCAUUUUAAUAUUUGAAGAGGUCAGACAGAUGCGUAGCUAGAAACAGAGUCUGGUUCAGCCUCAGCUUUACCAAAGUUUGUGGGCAGUUGUCAACCUUAACAAUGCCAGGCAUUAAAGGAGGGAAGAAUACUAUCCUUUUAUGAAAUAGGAUGUUUUGGCAUGAACAGCCAUUCCUGCCUCAGCUGGACUUCGGUCUCCAGACAGACACGGGAAACUCAAGCCAAAAAAGGAGUCUGUUUCGGUCAAACCCCACCUAUAUGAGGUGGUGGAGGAAGUGGAAUGACGGGCACAUGAAUCCCGCUUAUUUCUCUUCCCUAAUUCAUCCUGACAGUGUGCCACCUCCCUCUGCUUCUGUGCCUGGAUGCUGUCACAACAGACCAGCAUUUCUUUCACUUGUGAAGCCAUGCAUGGUAAAUCGUUGGGCAAUGGGGUGGAUGGGUGUCAGGCUGAAGGUUGAGGCAUAUGGGAGAACAUGUAGAAGGACCAGCCUUGCAGAAUCAGUCUUAUAAGGUCCAUCAAGCCCAGCGUUCAUAUUCCAGAUAUACUAACCAAAAUGCAUUUUUAAAAAUGUAUAAAUUACAUGGAUAGCCAUUUUGAUUUCUUGCAGCAACGCUACAUCAAUCUAGCGAUGAGAUAGAUGGGACAUCUCCCAGUACGGGAUCUUGGUCAAUAUUAUUUCUUGUGACCUCUCAACCUUAAGACCAGGAUAGCUGCUUUGUAUGUUGGUUCCUUCUAAACUGUCAGUGGUUUUAAAAUAUUUUUAAGAAAUUGCUGUUCAUCUCAAAUGUUUACCUUUCUGCAUUUAAUGUUUAAACAUUUUAAAUCUGUCAUUCCUUUCCUCCAGGAUGCUGAUGAGUUGAGAGGUAAUAGACAAAUGUUUUCAAUUAGUUAUGUUGGAUUUCAGCUUCCUUUGGCCCUAGACAACAAACCACUGACAAAUGCUGGGACCUUCAGUCCAAUAACAUAUGGACCCCUCACUUGUGACCAUCCCUCACUUGUGACCAUCUUCACAUCUCCCACUGCAAACUGCAAAGACACACAUGAAUCUUUCCUGAAAA